GCGAGUUCCUCAACAUUUAUUACCUCGAAAAGGACAUAAUAUUCUAUAGAGUUGUAAUUGCUUGGUAUGCCACAGCCCUUGGAGUAAAUACAAUACUUAACUCCGUUAUCUUCUUCUGGACAAGACCAAUUUUGAGGAAAGAAGCAUUUAAAGUUCUAAAAGGAAUCCGUGGUAAUUGA